AUGAAACGCUACGACGAUUUCCCGAUGAUGAGCCUCAUUUUUGCGAUCGACGAGGCGGGAGGAAUUGGAAAGGACGGGAAAAUUCCGUGGUACUCGAAAAAGGACUUUGCUUUUUUUGUCGAACAGACCACAAAAACGACGAGUGAUGGAAAGAGAAAUGCGGUGCUUAUGGGACGAAAAUGCUGGGAAUCAAUUCCACCGAAAUUUCGACCAUUGAAGGGUCGUCUCAACGUGGUGGUUAGCCGUUCGUUAGAGCCAAUUCAAACCGAGCACCUAAUAAUUUCAAAUGACAUCGACGAAGUGCUGCGCCAAUUGAAGAAAGCACAAGACGAGAACGAAAUUGAGACAAUUUGGAAUAUUGGUGGACGUGAUAUUUAUUCAUGGGCCUUGGAAAGGGAUCUGGCGGAGAAACUCGUGGUCACUCAUAUUCAGAAUAGCUUUGAUGCUGAUGUGAAAAUUCCGGAGAUCAGCUGGGAUUUAUUCGAAGAGGAUGUUUCACGGGCAAGUGAAGAGCAGAAAGAAAACGAUUUGGUCUUCACAUGGAAUUUCUACAAUCGAAAAGCA